UCCUCUGCACUUCUCCUUCCACCAAACCUCAAAUCAUCAUUGAAGAGUGAGAACAAUCAACAACUGCAAAAAAAUGGUAGGAUUACCUUACGAUUGUCUUGCAAAUCCACUUGGAGCUGUUCGAUUAACUUUCGAAAAAGCCCUAUCUUCCGGCCUCAACCCUUCUACAUCCAACGGAUCUGAUUGGGGCGCCAUUGAUGUCUUCCGUCAAUUUCUUUCUGAUGAUGGUAACAUUUCACAGGUUCCGAUUCUUAAUAGUACGAGUGUUAAGUAUAUUCAACCUAAUACUCUUGUUCGAUUUCGUGGAAUGAUUCAAGAUAUGUUGGGUAAUGAACUCUAUGUUGGUGCUUACAAGGAUGGUUUGAAUUGGAAGACGAAUAAAUACUCAGAUGUUUGUCAAUUCCAAAUGGAUUAUUCACCUGAUAUGCGGUUAUGGGAGCGUCGCCUGCUUUAUUGCGUUCCGGUCCCGGGGCUGAAUUCCUGGGCUGAGCCUUUAGAAUCUUUGUCCAAUCAUCCAAGGAAUUUGACUUCGCAACAGAGAGAAAAGCGUCCGAGGGAGGAUGGCCAAGUUGUUGAUCAUAUGGAGUUGGAAUCAAAUCAAGGUUGUCCGGAUUCUCCAAUUACUAAAAAGAUGAGGGAAGAUGGGCAUCCUUCCUCUUCUGUAAUGCAAGAAGACAUGGCAAAUGAAGGAACCACUCAUUUUGCACUGCCUGAUUCAGAGAGAAAUCGUUUUCCUUGUCUGGUUAAGGUCUAUGACUCACCUGAAUCUGAUUUAAAACUGAAUGAGAUUUUUGAGUUUAUUGGUGUUUUGAGUUUUGAUCCAGAGUUAGCAAUAAGCAAGGACGAAUCUAAUCUGCACUCAAGCAGUUUUGAUGAAGAUGACUUGGCCCAAGUACCCCACAGCAAGUUCAUUUUGCAGGUACCUCGUAUCCAUUGUCUUAUGCACAAGAAGCUUGCCAUUCAUGAUUUUGUUGAGGGUUCACCUAUAACUGAAGCAAAUCCAUCACUGGUGAGAGGAAUAAGGGAGGGCUUGCUUAAUCAUCUCACAGCUGUUCUGGGUAAUGAUGGAGUGGCCGCUCAAUUUUUGUUGCUUCAUCUCCUGUCUCGGGUGCAUUCAAGAGUCGAAGGUGUUGCUGUUGGGAAGCUUUCACUUAACUUGACCAACUUUAGCAAGGAAACUGCAUCUGUCUUUGGAAGUCGUCUUGCCCUCAAAUUGCAGGAACUUCUUCCUUUUACACAGCAGAUGCCUCUCACAAUUGAGUAUCUUAACAGUGCAAUGCUUGUCCCCAAAAAGGAUUAUCAGGAAAACAAAUUGGUUUCUGGAGCUCUUCAGCUGGCAGAAGGCUCACACAUGAUUAUUGAUGAGACACAGUUGCAGGCUGGGACCUUGAACUCAACCGGCAUUGAAAAUGCAAGAUCAUUGAAGAACUUAACAGAAUCUCUGCAGGUUGAAUAUGAUUUCCAGUACUACAAAAUGGAUAUGACAGCAGAUGUGCAGCUGCUUGUUUUAUCCGAGGGUAAAUCCAACAUCCUACCAGCCGAUUUAGUACUACCUUUCCAGCCUCUAACAACAGGCACCCUAGAAACUAUAGAUGAAGAGAUACUUCAGUCUUGGAGAUGGUACUUGACUACGUUAAGAUCACUAUCACAUUCAAUUAGCCCUGAAAUGCAAAAGGUUGUUGAAGAUGAUCUAGUUGCUGCACGGCAAGUAGACCGAAGCUUGGGGAGCCAUGAUUUUAGCAGACUGCUGACAAUGAGUAAACUUAUAUCAUUGAGCUACGGUGAGACAAAUUUAUCGAUGGAACACUGGCAAAUGGUGAAGGAAUUGGAAAGGCUUAGAAAAGAGAGACUUAGAUAAAGAAAAUCUCAUUUCAGACAUGUAACUAAUUCUGUUAGCAAAUAUACGUCCUGUUGAACCAUCUAUGAUCAUGUAAGUGGCAUUUAUUCUGCAACUGUAGUACAACAAAAAAUAUUGCUCCA